UCUUGGUCGACCACGUUUUUUGAAUACUUUUCGACGACAUCGAUCGUGGUCAGAUCUCAACUGAUUGUCAUCAGCUCUUUUUUUUUCUUUUUCUGAUUUGCCAUCAUGACCGGGCACGACGACCAUGAACACGGUGCCCAUCCUCCCCACUUGAAGCACAGUCAUGCACAUGAAGAGGAUAUUCCGGGAACCGUCAAUCUGCAAGCGCAAGAGGGCGAUGAUACUGGAUAUGGACAGGCUUUGUUUCCCGUACCGGCCGACGACCCAAACGACCCUCUGCAAUGGCCAAACUGGAAGAAGACGAUGAUCCUGUGCAUUUGCGCCGCGUAUUCGUUCCUGGGCAAUUCCUCGCUACUAGGACCUUCGGUCUACAUUGGCAUCUAUGCGGAAAGCUUUGGAAUCUCGCCCACGACGGCCUCGGGGCUGAUCUCUUAUCCUAACUUGGCUUACGGGUUCGGCUCGCUCGUCCUCGUACCUGCAUAUUUGAAAUUCGGCCGGAGACCAGUGAUGCUCUCUUCGAUCGUUGCAUUCGCCGUCGGCCUCAUCGGCGCUUCUCAGUGUAACUCGUACGCCACACUCAUGGUGUGCCGUGUCAUCCACGCCUUUGGAUCAGGGGUCUGCGAAGCCCUGCCUGUCCAACUUGUCAACGACAUCUUCUUCCUGCACGAACGCGGCCAACGACUCGGGUACUACACCGUCUGCCUGUGCCUGGGAGCCACCGGACCCUUGUACGCCGGGUACAUGCUCGCGGGCGGCAACUCGUGGCGACUUUUCUUCUACGUCGAAUUCGCGUUCGCGUGCGCCUUGUUCAUCCUGGCCUUCAUCUUCGUCGAGGAGACGUGGUACAAGCGCGAAGAAAUGAAGGCGAGGCUGGGCGCCGCCACCAUCGACCCCUCCUCCACCGAGCCCGAGGAGAAGAUGACAGCCGACCCCGAUCUCCGCGAAGUCGGGCCCGGGGUCCCCGGCCGCAAGAGCUUCGUCCGGACUCUGAAACCGUGGGGCGUGUACGACCGGGAGGCGCCCUUCUUCAUGACCAUGCUCAGGUCCUUCACCUACUUCGCGGUGCCGUCGGUGUUCUGGGUCGUCGCCACCUACGGCAUCUACAUCGGCCUCGGCGCCCUGGCGUUCAACUACACUUUUCCCCUCAAGAUCACGGCGCCCCCCUACAACUGGUCCGAGACCAAUUCCGGCCUGAUCGCCGUGGGGAACGCGGUCGGUUACAUCCUCGCCGUCCCCUUCACCACCUCGUCCGACCGCCUCGCCGCCUACCUGACCAAGAAGAACGGCGGGAUCCGCGAGGCCGAGAUGCGCCUCGGCGUCCUCCUGCCCGCCAUGUUGAUUGGCCCCGCGGGCCUCAUCGUGUACGGGUACACGGCGCAGCAGAACCUGCAUUGGUUUGGCUACUUUGCCGGGGUGGCCAUGGUCAACUGGUCCGCCUACUUCUACUUCACCUUCUCCCUCGCCUACGCUGUCGACAGCUACACGGUCAACCUGUCCGAGAUGCUGAUCGCCAUGAACCUGGGCAAGCAGGCCAUCUCGUUCGCCAUGGGCUUCAAGCUGUUGACCUGGAUCUUGGACAAUGGCUACGUCACCGUCAUCGCCGGCAUCUUCUGCGGUGUCCUUGCCGCCAACGACCUGGCGCUGUUGAUCUUCAUGAUCUUUGGCAAGAAGAUCCGAAUCGCGACGAGCAGGACGUGGCUGGCGAGAAUGCACAGGAAGACGCACGUCGUUGGGGAGUCUCACUAAAAACACUAUGCAAUACUUUUUUUUGAAAGAAAGCGGGAAAAAAAGAGGAAGGAAAUCAACACCUACUAGUGAAGAACCCAAGUCCCUGUACUUGUCAGGUUUCCCAGAGCCUUUUGUAUUUUUUUUGGGCAACUAGGGCUCUGUUGGUCAUCCAUGGCCAUAAUGGAUAUGCAAGGUUUUUUCAAUGAUAUGGGAUUUAUCUGCCUGCAUUUAACUGUCAGGAGUAAGUAAGUAGCAUAAUGAGAAAUAAGAAAC